AUGCAAACUAAGGAAAUCAAAAAAAAGAAUCGUUCAAGGGAGAGCAAUUCCAGCGCUAAGAAGCAAAAGCUCAAAAAGUUGCAGUCAUCGGUUGAUGAAAAUGAAGUUGUUUCCAGCACUAAAUUUGCACUCUUCGAGGAGGAAGCCACAGUUUCGGGAGAAGACGAGACUCUGGAACAGGAAGGAACCCGAAGUUUAUCCAGCGGUCAUGAUUCUGAUGAUUAUGAUGAACUGCCUAUCGAAGAGGCGUCCGCUAAAUUGGAGAAGCGCAGGAAAAUGGACGAAGAACUCGGCGAUGAAGAGUUGCGACUUAACGUUGACUAUGGCAAAGAAGAGGAUAAUCUGUAUGGAGAGGUAUUCGGCCAGAAACCGACUGAUUUAAAGUCGGUAAAUGAGAGGAUACAAGAUACUGUCAGUAUCCUUGAAAAUUUUAAGGAAGCGUCGGAUAAGAAACGGAGUCGUUGUGAGUACGUUGAACUGCUGCAUUCCGAUCUGUGCACAUAUUAUGGCUAUAACGCGUUCAUGAUGGAAAAGUUCAUGGAGUUGUUUGACUUGAAGCAGCUGCUAGAAUUUCUUGAGGCAAACGAAGUAGAAAGGCCCUUGGUAAUCAGGAGUAAUACCCUGAAAACACGUAGGCGAGAACUGGCACAGGCUCUCAUCGGUCGUGGAGUGAAUUUAGACCCGGUCGGAAGUUGGUCGAAGGUUGGAUUGGUUGUAUACGAUUCUAAAGUUCCCAUUGGUGCCACACCCGAAUAUCUUGCCGGACAUUACAUGCUUCAAGGCGCCAGCAGUUUUUUGCCAGUGAUGGCGUUGGCUCCCCGCGAGAACGAGAAAAUUCUUGACCUUUGUGCAUCCCCUGGAGGUAAAAGUACCUACAUAUCAGGCCUAAUGAAAAACACCGGCAUUCUUGUUACCAACGAAAUCUCUCGUGAGCGCUGUAGCGCUUUGGUUGCCAACUUGCAUCGUCUUGGCGUGGUCAACGCGAUCAUUCAAGGAUCAGCAUUUGACCGAGUUUUACUUGAUGCUCCAUGCAGUGGCACCGGCGUAGUGUCGAAAGAUCCAUCUGUGAAACUUUCAAAAGAGAAGAGGGACAUCGAUCGGUGCGUGACUCUGCAGAAGCAGCUCCUGUUUCGCAAACACCGUUUUCACCCCACGUUAAAACUCUGUCGCCGAUUUUAUCCACAUCUACAUAAUUUAGACGGAUUUUUUGUGGCGAAGUUGAAGAAAUUAUCUAAUCAGAUUCCACAGACAGACACAGAUGAACCUAAGGAAGUAGAUGCAGAAAUGAAUGAGCAGAUGUCGACUGUGUCCAAAAAAUUGAAAAACAGCGCAGCGAAUCACAAGAAAGUCGGUAACAAGCAUAAGACGCCGAAAACGUCCCAGUUGCAUGUCAAAAAAAGCGUUUUCAAGAAAAGAAAAUCCGACACACAAAAAGAAGCUACAAACGUAGUAAAAAGGCCGAAAAAGACUGAUAGAUCGUCUUAUGCAAACAAUGCUCAAUGA